CGUAGAUAUCAUGAAAUCGAAACUUAACCGAUCCGAAUGAAGAAAUUGAAAGUAUUUUUCACUGUGAUAUUAAUUGAUUUCAGUAGUGAACGGACAUGCUCACUAUUACUGCCGUGAAAAACGUAAAUAAAGUCACUUUGUAAUGACGUUUUGUGCUUGUCCGCUUAAAGUGAGACGUUUAGCACCCGCCGUUAGCAUGCUUAUUAAGCUAUUUGGUUCCGUGUUUUAACUGUUUGCAAUAAGAUUUGGCUAUUUUUUAACUUGCAAUGGAGACUUUACCAGAAAACUGCAUUUCUUUGUUGAACGAGUUCCAACAGAAGAGUGGAGCCACUGUGGAAUAUGAGGAAGGAUCCACUGAAGGGCCGAGCCACAAUAAAACGUUUACUUGUAGGGCAAUUGUAAAUGGCUCACGUUAUACUGAUGGCACUGGCAAAACCAAGAAGGAGGCAAAGCAAAAUGCUGCCAGGAAUGCGCUAACUAGCAUUAAGGGAACACCCAAUAUAGAACCUACAACAUCUUCUGUUCUAGUUAAUUCCAACAACGUGACUAUGAUUCAACAGAAUCAUAUUUGCUGGCUCAAUGAAUAUUCACAGAAGAAUAAGUUAGUCUUUAAGACCCGAGAGUCAACUAAAAUGGAUCCAGGAAGCGCCACUCAGUUGUGUACUUAUGUUUGUAAGUAUGUUUGCGGUGAUAAAGAAUAUCCUGAAGCAUUUGGCAAAACAAAGAAGGAGGCCAAAGAGGCAGCAGCUUACCAUGUUCAUAAAGAAUUAUCUCCAACUCAAAAUACAGAGGCCUUCGAUGAAAACUGCAAUGGUACACCGAAGUCAGAGGUUGCAGCUCUUAGUGCUGGCUUGGAACGUUUAAAUGUGAGUUUCUCUGAGGAUUCGCGAAGCACCGCGACUAACAACAACUACAUAGCACAUCUCAAUAACUACUGCCAGAAACAUAAACAUGUACUAGAUUUCAAAUUAGUGAACAGAAAGGGCCCUGCGCACAACCCGGAGUUUGUAUAUAAAGUUGUUAUAAACAGCAAGGAAUACCCUGAAGCACAAGGAAAAAGCUCAAAAGAGGCAAAGCAGCAUGCCGCCCAGUACGCUUGGACUGAAAUAUUGGAGUCUAGCUGUAACACACAGAGUUCUGAAGAUGACGCCUCUCCAUGCACCAAAGAGAUAUUUAAAUCUGAGGAACCACAAUCCCAGAAGAGCAGCACCAAUAAUGGCAUUGUCUUCAGAGACUCUUCUGCUGUCAGUUCUCCUAUGUCCAUAAGUCCUGCUAUGAGCCCUUUGGAUAUGAAGACAAAAAUAAAAUUAGCACCUAAUUUUCAGAUGUCACCUAACAGGGUGCCCAGGAGUAAAGGGGAUGGUCCUAACAUGAAUGUGCACAACCCAGCAAAGCCAUCUGCAGAUCAAACUGCAAACCAGACUAUGAAGUCAAGUAAAUCUGAGGAACCACAAUCCCAGAAGAGCAGCACCAAUAAUGGCAUUGUCUUCAGAGACUCUUCUGCUGUCAGUUCUCCUAAAUCCAUAAGUCCUGAUGGUCCUAACUUGAAUGUGCACAACCCAGAAAAGCCAUCUACAGAUCAAACUGCAAACCAGACUAUGAAGUCAAGGUUUUUAGGUGACUUCGACUCAAUAACUCCAAUCGGCAAAGGUGGCUUCGGUCGUGUUUUCAAGGCCAGACGACAGCUUGAGAACAAAUAUUUUGCUGUGAAGAUAGUGAAGAGCACGGAAAAAGCUCUUCGUGAAAUUGGUGCUUUGGCAGCUCUUUCUCACCCCAAUAUCGUCCGUUACAACACAGCGUGGCUAGAGGACACAUUGUACAAACACGAGUCUUCAGAGAGCUACAGCACCUCAGACUUCAGCUCUUGGAGUGACCCGGGAACAAAGUUCCUGUACAUUCAGAUGGAGCUGUGUGAAGGAGACACUCUCCAUGCCUGGAUUGAUAAAAGGAAUAAUCCAAAAGAACAAUAUCCAGAGCGGAGACGAGACGCGGCACAUAUCAGCAGACAGAUCCUGCAAGCUGUGCAACAUAUUCACUCCAAAGGGUUAAUCCACAGAGACCUGAAGCCUGCAAAUAUCAUGUUUGGUAGUGAGGGUAUGGUGAAGGUGGGAGACUUUGGCCUUGUGACGGCAGCGGAAAAUGACAAUGAUAGCCAACUGAUGGAACGGACUAAAAAAACAGGAACCCGUUCUUACAUGAGUCCUGAACAGGUGACUCAAUGCUAUGACAGUAAGGUGGAUAUAUUUGCUCUCGGUCUCAUAUACUUUACACUCCUCUGGAAUAUGGUCACAAAGACUGAAAAGCAAAAGAUUUGGAGUGAUAUUAGAAGGAAGAAUUUUCCACUGCGGUUUUCUGAGAAAUUUGAUUUAGAGCACAAGCUCAUAGACAAAAUGUUGAGUCCCAAUCCUGAAGACAGACCAGAUGCGACAGAGCUGAUCAAGGAACUGGAUCAAUACCCCACAGUCCUGUAGACUUUAUGGUCUUUAUACUACUUACAAAACAUUAAACAGAUGUGGUUAGUAAGUGAUUUUAUAACUGUAAAAUCAUGUGAACACAUUGUUUACGUCUUGUGUCUAUGCUUUUGAAACAGUGAGUGUUUUAAGCUUUAUGGAUUGACCCCAUUGACUUCCAUUGUAAGUGUCUCACUGUAACAUGUUUGCUUCUUAUUUUUAAAGAAAAGGAGGGACGAGUCUAAAUAAUAUUUUUAUGGUAAUCAACAUCAUGUCUCAUGCUGUUGACUGAGCUGAACUUGUAUUGAACCAUAUUGUUAGCUAAGCAACAUGCUAACAACAAAACUCAAUUGGAAUCAGAUAAAAAUGGAUUAGUGUGCACGUGGUUUUAGAAGAUAGCUGCAUAUAUGAGACAGAGCUAAAGACAACAAAAGAUAGACUGAUGACUUCUGUGGCUUUAUAAUAAUCAUUGUUGCCCAGACAGUUACAAUGGCAUGCAUGUUGGAGGCUUUUAUCCAGAGUGACUUGCAAAAAGUGCUUGUGAAUGAGACUGCUAAACAGCAAGACUGCAAUUUAGAAAGAUUGAAACCGAAAAACAGCCUAUAAAUGAACUACAAAAAUGACAUUUCUGUCAUCAUUUACUCACUCUCUCUUCAGUGGACUGCAUUGAGCAGAUGUAAAAGCUGCGUACACACUGCCAGCGACUUUGUCGCUGCAGGUAGCCAGUGACUGGCGGUGAAGUCGCUAGUGGGCGUUCCCACUACUGGUUGCCUAGUAACGUUUAUAAAUGACAUUCACGGAUGU